AUGUUUAAGGCAGCAAUAUUACUUUCCUAUCAAUAUAAUAUGACAAUCGAAACUAGAUACCUAGGAUGGGAAAUAGAUACAACGACGGGCGUUGUAAUAGAUACACUUGAUACUGCAUGUCGUGAUCUUACUGCUUCGAAUGUUGUUGGCAUUGUUGGUCCUAGUUUAUCACGAGAAGCUCAAUUGAUAGCUCCAUUAGGUGAUAAAAUAGGUAUACCUGUCAUAUCGUAUUCAGCAACUGAUUCUGGAUUAUCUAAUCGAACUGUUUAUCCAAAUUUUUAUCGUACUGUACCAUCGGAUGGAAUAGCUGCAUUAGCCCUUACAAAAUUAUUCAAUCGAUUCAAUUGGACAUCAUGUGUAAUAAUUUAUCAAAAUGAUGCUUUUGGAUCUAGUGGAGCCAAUAUGAUUGUAUCCAUAUUUAAUACUAGUGGUAUAAGUGUAAAACAAAUGAUUUUAUUUGAUAUUAAUACACUUACCAUUCAAGGAGAUUUAGGACCUAUUCUAUCUAAUACAGCAACAAGAAUUAUUAUCCUAUGGGCUCAAUCAGCUUAUUCAACUAUGAUUUUACAAUCGGCUCUUGAAGAUAGUGUAGUUGGUCCAUAUUUUACAUGGAUACUUAGUUCUGAUGUUUCAUUGAGUUCUUUCAAUCAAACAUUACAACAAAAUCUAAUUGGAAUGCUUCAAAUUGAACCAGCUACAGCAAUAUAUGUUAAUGAACUAAUCAAUCAAACAUUGUUAAAUGCAGCAGCCAAUUUAUGGCAACAAUAUGAACCAUCAACAUUUCCUGGAACGGCCAAUAUAACUAAUUAUGCAUUGUUUACAUUUGAUGCAACAUGGGCAUUGAUUCAAGCCUUACAAGCAAUGUGUUCAUCAACAAUAAAUAAUUCUUCUUCGUGUUUAUCACUCAAUCAGUCAUCGUACUGUUUCGAUCAUCGUCUUGUUCAAUCUACAGCAUUAAUAAAUAGUAUGAAUUCCAUAAACUUUCUUGGUGUCACUGGUCCUAUACAAUUCACUGCUAAUACAACAGAUCGUGUUAAUGGUUUGUAUUAUUCUAUAAAAAAUGUUCAAUCUAUGUCAAAUGUUUUAACUUUCGUACCUGUAUUAAAAUAUUCGUAUCCUGGUGAUUGGACAUUAACUACUCCAAAUACUACUAUAGUAUGGCCAGGUAAUUCAUCAACACAACCUACUGACAAACCUAUUCUUAGAGGUGUAACAUUACGUAUUAGUGUUAUUGAAUCAGUGCCAUUUACUAUAGUUGACUAUGUGGCCAAUGGAUCCAGCAAUAGUACAUUACAACUAUCGGGCUACAUAAUAGAUUUGAUUAAAGCCUUACAAAAGAGUCUUGGGUUUGUUCCAACUAUUACUCUGGCAAAUUCAAAUAAAACGUAUGAUCAGUUAGUUCUAGGAGUACGCAAUGGUGCUUAUGACAUGCUUGUAGGUGACGUCACUAUUACUUCUACACGACGAGAAUCAGUCGACUUUUCUAAGUCAAUAUUUGAUAAUUCUUUACGUAUAAUUAUGAAAAAAAAUCCUACUGCAUCUGUCAAAUUAUUUGCAUUCAUGAGACCAUUUUCAGUUGGUCUUUGGCUAUUAGCAUUAGCUGCUGUUUGUUUUUCUGGUUUUCUGUUUUGUUUAAUUGAAAGACAAGAAAACGAAGAAUUACGAGAGCGACCAUUAUUCUCUCAAUAUAUCAUGAGUCUAUGGUAUAGUUUUUGUAAUAUAGUUGGAUGUGGUGCAGGUUAUGACGCUUGUACAGCUCCUGGACGACUAUUUACUGGUGGUUUAUAUAUUCUAAGUGUAAUAUUAGUUGCAACAUUUACAGCAAAUCUAGCAUCGUUUUUAACAAUCGAAAAAACACAGAAUAGUAUAACUGGAAUCGAUGAUAUUAAGAAUGGAAAGAUACCAUUUAAUCGUAUAGGUAUUCAUGUUGGUACAGCUUCUGAAGAUUUUUACUUGAGUGAAGUUUCGAAAGGCAUACGAAAUUAUUAUCAAUUAAAAUCGACACAACAAAUGUAUAAUUAUCUACUCUCAGAUACUAUUGACGCAGGUUUCAUUGAUAGCGGUAUUGGUGACUAUAUAACAAAUAAUGUUUAUUGUAACUUAACCUUGGUCGGACAAGUAUUUGAUAUUAGUGCAUUUGGCAUCGUCAUUCCUCAACAGUGGAUCUAUGCACAAGAUUUAGAUGUUGCUAUUUUAGCAUUAAGAGAAGCUAGUGUACUUGAUAAUUUACAACAACAGUGGUUUGAAAUGCAAGAGUGUCCUACUGUAACUCAACCAGAGAAUUCAAUAGGAAUCAACGAAAUAUGUGGAGUAUUCUUAAUUUUUGCUGUGAUUUGUGUGUUAACGUUGCUCUUCUAUGCAUGGAAAAAACGAGAAGAUAUCAAAAUUUAUUUACUACCAUUAAUAAGAAGAAAAGACAUUCCACCCAAAGACAUUCCACUGGAAUAA